AUGGCGUCGCCGCCGCCGCCGCCGCCGCCGGUCAACCUCAUCGACGAUGUCGUCGCAGAGAUUCUCCUCCGCCUCCCGCCAGACGAGCCCGAGCACCUCUUUCGCUCCGCCCUCGUCUGCAAGCCCUGGCUCCGCGUCAUCUGCGAGCCCGCCUUCCGCCGCCGGUACCGCGCGUUCCACGGCGCCCCUCCGCUCCUCGGCCUCCUCCACAAGACCCAAGUCUGCGACGGAGACCCCGCCGCGCGCUUCGCCUCCACCACGUCGAUGCCCGACUUCCCCCACCCAGGCUCCGACGGCCGCCGCACGCGCCCUCUUGACUGCCGCCACGGCCGCGUCCUCAUCCACAUGCUGCAGGACCCGGAAGUGGAUUUGCUCGUCUGGGACCCCGUCACCGGCGACCACCACGUGGUGCCCAAUCCGGACAUCGACGUUAUGAUCUACACCGCCGCCGUAUUCUGCGCCGCCGCCGGCUGCGACCAUCUUGACUGCCACGGCGGCCCCUUCCGUGUCGUCUUCCUGGCAACUGAUGGCAACGACGACGUCGUCAAGGCGAGUGUGUACUCAUCGGUCACAGGUGUGUGGAGUGCGCCGGUAUCUCUCGACGAUAGCUGUGAAUGCUAUGCCCGGCACAAGCGAGAUGCAACUGCAAAAAGAAGGUACUACAUACCCUAUGUGCAGCCUAGGCGAGUAGCCGCAAUUGGAGAUGCAGUCUACUUCACACUUUCGCGGUCUAGUGCCAUUGCCAAGUAUGACUGCGGCAAGAAUCGCUUGUCUGUGAUUGACCCACCACCACCAGAUGCAGAAGCGUACAAUGGUUUCAUUGCCCUCAUGGUCAUGGAGGACAAUUCACUGGGGCUCGCUGGUGUUCAGGAUUUCAGUCUGCAUCUCUGGUCAAGGAAGGUGAAGGGAGGUACAAAAUGGGUACAGUGCAUGGUCAUUGACCUGGAGAAAAUCAUGCCCAUGGACAAACCCCUCAAAGGCAAUGGAGCAAGUGUGGUUGGUUUCGCAGAGGGUCUGUGUGUCAUCUUCGUCAGAACAGAAGGUGGCUUAUUCACGAUCGAGCUCAAGUCCGGACUGGUGAAGAAGGUUCAUGAACCUGGGGUCUACUUUUCCGUCUUACCCUACAUGAGCUUCUACACUCCUGACCGUGGUAGAUUGUUAUCGCUGGCAAGGCUCACUGAUGCCUGA